GUAGCGAACGUCUUUCUUGAGAGAGCGAGAUUCGGAGAAAAAUCAAAAUCUUGCAUGAGCGAGCGAACGCCCUUCAAACAUGGAAGAAGGGAAGAGGAGAGCGUUUCUUUUCAUCCUUCUCUCUUUACUUUUGGAUUUUUCCUUCUGAGUAGGAAAGAAAGGAAAAAAAGAAAAGAAAAGAAAAGAAAAGAGUCGUUUGAUGCGGUAGCAGCAGAGCGAAAAUGAUAACAUGGAUCAAACAGAUGCGGGCUGCGUUUGGCACCUCAUUCUUAUGGCUCGUUUGCUUGAUUUACUUCACCCAGGGUUUCAGAUCCUUUGUAUGGACGGCAGUUUCUUACCAGCUCAAGGACAUUCUUAAGUUGUCACCCUCAGCCUCACAGUUUGUAGUAUCAAUAGCAUUUUUCCCAUGGAGUAUAAAGCCAUUUUAUGGAAUUUUGUCAGACUGUAUUCCCAUUAGAGGUAGGAAAAGAGUGCCAUACUUAGUCAUCGCAACCACACUCUCUCUUGUACCAUGGCUUAUAAUGGGUCUAAAAGCAUCCAUAAGGAGUUCACGUGUACCCCUCACAAUUGUCUUAACAGUACAAAACCUAGGUUCUGCGAUGGCAGAUGUUGUAAUCGAUGCGAUGAUUGCAGAAGCUGUUCGGUUGGAGAGGGCGUCAUUUGCUGGAGAUCUCCAGUCAAUAUCUUGGUCGGCAAUGGCCUUUGGUGGAAUAUGUGGGAGUCUGCUGGGGGGAUACACAUUAGCCAAUUUACCGAUGGAUAUGAUUUUUCUUCUUUUCUCUGUUCUCCCGACCAUCCAACUAUUAUCUUGUGGUUUGGUCAAGGAGGCUCCUUUAGGCAGCGGUACCUUGCUGGAUCAUGUAGACUCAAGAAGCUCUAAUAACCUAGGGAAUUAUGUGGUGAAUGGAAAUGCAACGACAUCAUCAGAUUCAGAUGGUCCACUACAGAAGCUGGAAAGGGUUGAAACAUCCAAGGGUGGCACUUCAAGAAGGAGAAAGAGAAGUCGCAAAAAUAAAAAAGAGAAAGCAAUCAUCAAAGAACCUGAGAUUCAGCAUAAGUCCUUCAUCAUGAGAUGCUUCCUGUCUAUAAAAUCGGCCAUUUUUAGUCUGUGUCGGGCAUUUAGGCAGCCCAUCAUACUAAGACCGAUGGCAUGGUUUUUCUUUGCACACGUUACUGUUCCAAACCUCUCAACAGUUAUGUUCUAUUACCAGACUGAGUUCUUGCACUUAGAACCAUCCUUUUUGGGGACUGUACGCGUGGUUGGAUGGUUUGGACUCAUGCUUGGAACAUUUAUCUACAGUCGCUAUUUGAAGCACAUGAAGCUAAGAAGAAUACUCAUGUGGGCUCAUGUUGGUCUGGCUAUCAUGAGCCUUUUCGAUCUUGUUCUAGUAUCUCGGUUAAAUGUCCAGUAUGGCAUACCAGACAAGGUUAUGGUGCUUUGGGGGUCUGCUCUCUCUGAUGUAAUCAGCCAGCUGAAAAUGAUGCCGUUUCUGAUCAUAUCGGGACAGCUAUGUCCACCUGGGAUUGAAGGCACGCUCUUUGCUCUCUUCAUGUCCGUCAACAAUCUGGGCAACACAUUGAGUUCAUUUGUAGGAGCCGGUUUGGCUUCCAUACUGAAUAUUUCAUCGAAUUCUUUCGACAACCUUCUCUUGGGCAUCUCAAUUCAAGUAAUCUGUACUUUCGUUCCAGUUGGGUUCCUGUUUUUGAUACCAAAGGAAGCCACAGGAUUGUCGGCCUGAUCAUCUGAAGCAGGUUUCAUUCUCUUUAUAUUUCUCCCCAUAUGGAGAGUUCACAGUAGCAACUUAACAGAUAGUUACACUUUGUGGCUUCUUGACGUUUUUUAAUGUCUCUGAAGCAUUUGUUGAAUUCAUAUACAACUGAAUGAAAUAUAUCAAUUUUUUUUCACCAUUCAUAGCUUGAUUUUGGCAAUGGUCAUGCCGGAGCGCUGACAAUUUGUAGUAUUUUUGUGUCUUUUUAUCUUGAUGUCUGUAAGGUUAUGUUGCCCAUAUAUGAAUUGAUAAAAAUGAAUUAUAGAA